AUGCUUAAGGAAAGACAGAUUUUACCGGUUUCAAGCAACAGAAACAGGGUAUCUCCUUACCCGCUCCGCUCUUGUAGGAGCAAGAAACAAAAAGAAGCAGAGUCACCACUUGUGUCAGAGAGUGUGAGUGAAUGGGAAGAUGUGAGGUGUGUCAUCUGCAUGGAGCCGCCUCAUAAUGCUGUCCUCUUGCAAUGCUCUUCUUUCUCCAAAGGUUGUCGUGCUUACAUGUGUGACACAAGCUCCCGCCACUCCAACUGCUUCAAGCAGUACCGCAGAAACAAGAAGAACACAAGCAAGACUCUCAACUGUCCGUAUUGUAGAGGAGAGGUUUACGGGACGGUGAAGUCUACUUCCGCGCGGAGAUUCAUGAAUGCGAGACCUAGGUGUUGUUCUAUGGACAAGUGUCGUUUCUCUGGGACUUAUUCUCAGCUCAAGACUCAUUUGAAAGCUGAGCACCCUGGUUUUAUAUCGCCAGUGAUGGGCCCUUGGGAGCAACACAUGUGGGAGCAGAUGCGGCGAGAUAGAGAGGAUGAGUACGUUGAAAUGCUCAACGCUCUUCAGAGAUGGGAAGCAGAACAGAGAUUGUUGCUGGCUGGACCUCUCUAUCAGCUUUAUCCACACCACCACCAACAUCCCUUUAUUGAUCCCAACUUUGAUGCUUUCAUCCACCCUUUUACUGGUGUAAGGGGCCAAGCAAGUGCUGCUGCUCAGAUGCUUCGGCUCCAUGGGACAGUGUAUCCCACAUGGACUCCGUGA